GCAACGCCUCGAGAGUUCAGAAUCAGUUUUCGCACCACCGGCUCCUGAAUGAAACCCCUUCCGUGAUUAUAAAUGCAGAGAAAGAGAGCGCGCAUUGCAAUCUGCAACGGCGCCCCUGCCACCAGCCAACCAAGAUCUCCGUGAACGUAAGCAAGCUCUCAUCUCCUUGAUCAAAUCUGUUAGCGCAUCGACAGGAUUCAGGCAUGGGUGACGACCAACAGCCGCAGGCGCAGUGGUACUGGUUCCCGUACUGGACCAGCCCCCAGCAGCAGCCGCCGCCUGCUCAUCGGCCGGCCCUCCGCCCGCAGCUGUCGAGGAGGGACUCACGCCCGACGUCGCCGCCCGUAGCUCCUUCGCCCUCACGGCGGCCGCAUCACCCUCAGCCGACGACGGCAUCCAGAGGUGCUGGUGCUGGUGCCGCUUCUCCUCAGGCUCCGCCGCAGCCGAUUCCGCUGUCCAGCAGGCCGUCCCCGUCCCGCGCGGCGCCGCUCGCGCCCAACACUAGUGCAGCACCGGCACCGGCACCAGUUGUCAAAGAGCCCAAGCCGCCGCUCAAGCCAGCCACCCCCACUCCUCAUCAUCCUACUGCGCAAGAAGUUCCUAAGCAAAAAGACAUCAUCGUCUCAACGGAGAAAACCAUCCAUGAGCCGCCUGCAGACUCCAAGCCACACGGCAAGGUCGUAGAGAAAGAAAAAGAGAAGGACAAGGAGAAAGAGAAGGACAAGAAGAAGGAUAAAGAGAAGAAAGAAAAGGACAAGGACAAGAAGGAUAAAGAGAAAGAGGAGCACAAGGAGAAGAAAGAGAAGGAAAAGGAAGAGAAAGAAGAGAUCAAAAGCAAAGAGGUAGUGUUCCUGCACAACGACUCCAAGGUCGAGGAGUCGGCUAAGAAGAAGAUGCCAAGUAGCCACGGCGGCGGCGAGCACGGCAAGCUGCACAAGGAGCUCAAGGCGGGCGUCGCCGACAUGGUGCACAAGCUCGGCGCCACGUCGUCCAGCGGCCGCGAGCGCCCCGCCGCAGCGGCGGGGGCGACCGUCAUCACGCUGGCCGGCGAGAACAAGGGUGCGUCCAUGAAGAUAGACAGCAGCGCCAAGGCGGACAGUAAGGCGGACGCGGCGGGCAAGGAGCGCCGUGGCCACAAGCUUGACGCGGCCGAGAGAGAGGAGGCGGCCGGGGCCAAGGGGCUGACGGCGUACGUCAACAGCAACGUGCAGGUCAUCAACAACUCGCUGCUGCUGCAAACCUCCUGCAGCGGCGGCGACCCAGGGGUGCACCUGAAGCUGUCCACCGAGUCCAAGAAGAAGAGGGACGGCGAGGCCACCGGAGGCAAGAGUGGCUCUGCUGCUGCUGCUGCACCAAAGAAAUGAGCUCCAUCCAUCGCCGGCGCAUGGCUAUCAGCGCGACUAAUUAGCCAAAUCAUUCAUCGAUGUCCAUGCAAACAGAGUGUUAAAGUCUGGUUAGCACCGAUCAUUAUAUAUGCUCUGUGUACAUGGAUCUGAGCUCGUAAUAAUACGUGCUGAAUCUGAUCGGAUUCUAGUCUGAAAACUUGAUAAUAUGUAAAAGUGAACAAUAGGAAACUAAUGGCCCA